AUGAUGGAAUUACUGCAGCAGGCUCUAUCUUCGGAGUACCUCGGCCAUCCUGCUACUGCUGCUGCGAUCGCUUCUGUUUUAAUUCUGCUGAUUCUUUCUCUGUAUUGGUGGGCGACUCGUGGAUUUGCAGUCCUCAAGAAGCUGAAUGUCCCAGGACCCAAGCCGAUUCCUUUUUUUGGAAACUUUCUUGAAGUAAGGAAAUACAAUGGACUACAUGAGCUGCACCUUGACUACAUUAAGAAGUACGGCAACGUUUUUGCCCUUUGUCUGGGUGGUAGGCCGUCGCUUGUUGUCGGUGAUCCGGAACUGCUGAAGCAAAUAUUAGUAAAGGACUUUCCAAACUUUCAAAAUCGCUUCCAGAUCCAACAACUGAGUAGGGUGUUCUCCAUGAACGUCUUCAACGCUCGGGAUGGAAGGUGGAAGCGUAUCCGUAAUACGCUGACACCCACGUUCAGCGCAGGAAAGAUGAAGUUGAUGGUGCCUCUUAUAGAGACGUCUUGUGACACGCUUGUGGAAAAACUUGAGGCGGUUGCUGAUUCAGGUGAGUUUAUGUGCUCUUUUUGGUAACUGGGAAAACCAAAGGUUUUAUUGAGCCAGCAAUAAAAAUAGAACUCUCCAAAUAAAUGUCACUGCAUGAUACUGGGACACAUUUUCGUUUCCGGUUUCUGUAGGGGGCAGGUCACGCUACGAUCAACAUAUCAAAUAACUGUGACUCAAACUAACUGUAUGUAGAACUCAAGAGAAAUACGCCAAGAUGGGCAAAGUGGCGACUGCAUUUUCUAAACCUGGAAUACGAAGUCUCGCUUUUUCUAAGUUGGUCUUAAUUUGAAUGAAAGUGUGACUCGGCUUACGGCGCGUGGAGAUAUAAAUUGUCUCAAUGAUAUUCUUGUUUAAUAUUGUAAAAUAUAGAAAUAUAGUUUAAAAAGAGUUUGAAGUAAACGAAAAUUGACAAGAUUAUUGAAAGUACCGUGGGUUAACUGCUCCGGCCUUGAAAACAGCUCCCGGGAAUUAGCUUAUUAAGAACGCCUCUCAGAAGCUGCAAAGCGAACCGAUACUGAACUAAUUUCUGACGUGUUGAAUGAAACAGUGAAUAUUGCACCCCCUCCCCCCCUUCCCUGCAGAUAUGAAGAAUAUGUAUUAUCAAGAGCCAUAUUAAUGGGACGUAUUGGGGCUCUUGAUAUUACGUGGUAACAAUUUUACGAUAUGUAUUUUCAGGUCAAAGUGUGGACAUGCUGGACUGGUUUAGUAAGCUGACCCUAGAGGUGAUAUUAUCUACAGCUUUUGGUGUGGACGCGAAGGUUCAAAAAGGGGAAAACACCGAAAUGCUGCAAGAAGCGAAGAAACUAUUCCAGGUGCCUUCAAUCCUACGGCAUCUUUCCCGUUUGCCAUUUGGAAAUGCUCUAUUCCGUCUUAUAAGAUUAGUUAGCGGUGGAGGUUUUCAACCCAAGUAUUUUGAAGGUAUUGUUACAGACAUCAUUAAUCAACGCCGUCAACAGGGACUUACAGGACGAAAGGACCUGCUACACCUCAUGAUGCACGCCACUGAUGAAACAACAACAGAAGGGAUUAGCAAGCUGUCUGAUGAGGAAGUUGUAGCUCAGUGUAUUAUUUUCCUUCUGGCAGGAUACGAAACGUCCAGCAACACGUUGUCCUUCACCCUGUACUUCUUGGCCGUGAACCCAGAUCUACAAGACAAACUUAGGGAAGAAAUCAGAGAUGCGUUGGAGGCCAGUGGAAGGAAGAAACCUCUCUACGAAAUAGCUCAGAACAUCGAGUACCUUGACUGUGUCGUAAAGGAGUCUCAGCGCUUAUGUCCUCCUGCGGCCGCCGUUAAUCGACAAUGCCGUGAAGAUUAUAAAUUUAACGGAAUCCAUAUUCCUGCUGGAACAGAGGUUGUGAUUCCCAUAUAUGCCUUGCAUCAUGAUCCAAGUGCCUGGGAGGACCCGGAGAAGUUUGACCCCGAGAGAUUCCGUGGUGAAAGAAAAGACACCCGCCAUCCCUUCCAAUUCGUCCCCUUUGGGGGUGGGCCACGAAAUUGUAUCGGUAUGAGGUUUGCCCUGCUGGAGAUCAAGAUCGCUCUCGUCAAAAUCUUGAUGAAGUACAAGUUUGUGCGAUCACCGGAGACGCAAGUUCCCGUCGUAUUACAUCCCGGUGCAACUUUGAGUGCUAAAAAUGGCGUGCUUGUUAGAGUAGAGACUGUACUGUAAGAUUGAUGGCAAUCUUUUAGACUUUAAAUACUGAACGUUAGGAUGGUGACAUUACCAUUGGUAUUAAUUCUGUUUUUACUUUUAGUACAAUAAAUUACAGUAGUAGUUGUUGUUGUUGUACCUUUCUGAUCGUUUUACGAAAGAAACCUUCGAUGUCAACUUGAUCAAAAUAAUGGAACGAAAUAACGUUGGCAACGAAUAUCACCUCUUUUCUCUUAAAGUUUUCCCGCGUGGCAUUGUUUUAUUGCGACGUCAUGUGGAUUUUUUGUUUGGUUGGUUGGUUGGCUCUGUGGGUCACUCUUCUAGCCGAGCCAACUUUUCGCAGUUUCUCAUGUAAUUGGUUUACCAAAUAGGAAAAGUUGGCUCGCCCAGGGUGGCUCAGACAGGCUAAUGACCCUUCUAGAUCUACCGGGAAAACGUUUUCUCGAUAUAACCGAGGCAUGAGUAUUCAUCAUGACUGAUGAGGGAAAGGAAUCAAAGAGCUUCGGUGGUUCGUCUUACAGAAAUAGUCCGAUCCUAUGUCCAAAGAGAUUACCUCCUACUGGGUCUAGCAAACACAUCGUUUCAGGUAAAAAAAUAGCGUUAAUAUAAUAGCCGGAUGGAAUUAAAAAAAUCAAUUAGUACUGUAAAUGGUUGUAAUAAAUAUUUUAAGACUAGCGUAAGUGUUGUGGUUUAAUUUAGUAGUAGUACCUCUUAUUUACCUUUAUUCUUGUAUCUUGUUGUUAUUGUUAUAAUUAAUUACUGCGAUAAAUAAAUAGUUAAAAGAAAAGAGUGCAGAGUAUUUGUUAUCAAGCAGGAGAUCUUAGCAAGCUACUUGCUAGGGCUUUUCAUGGAAGAUCCCCUUCUAGUAGCCGAAAUAUUGUUAUAAAAAACAAUAAACGUUGUUUUAAAUCAGCUUGGCAGUAGUCUUUGGACUUCUCGUUCUUGGUUCUUUAUAUUUUGGCUGAUCAGAUCUCUUUUCUAGAGAUCCAACGUUUACAACUAGCAGGAUCUUCGUCCAUGGUUUUUGCAGUUAAUUUAAUCCUUUAUUAUUGUAGUUAGGUAAAGGAUAAUUAUUGUUAUUUUCUUUGUUUAGCCAUGUUUCUGAUGAACCAAUGACACAAAUUUGCGCUUCAACACAUUUACAUAUGCUUGAAAAUAAUCAUAUUAAUUAGACUUCUGAUAUUUAAAUGCAACACAGAAAAUAUCAUGUUGUUUGAGUUCAAGUGAACAAUUAAGUUAUUGAAAG